AUGACUGCAGCUCAAGAUCACACUAAGGCGUCAAGAAAACUUGCUUCUCGAGCUGCUUCCCGAGUCAAGGCUGUAGCUGCGGAAAAGAUCACACCACCAAAUUUAGCAUAUCAAUUUGAGGUUUCUUGGCGAUUCUCUGGAGAUAAUGCUCGACGGACUAGCCUGUUGAAGGCUAUAUCUCCAAGUGCAUUGCCGCAGAUAUUCAAAAAUGCUUUGACUGUUCCCAUACUUCUUGACAUUAUCAAUGAAGAAAUGGAUUUGGCCGUCAAUUAUUUGGACAACUUAACCAGGGUUCCAAGAUUUGACACACUCAUCAUGUUUCUUUCAUCCUCAGACAACGAUGCUAUGCAUGCUUCUAGUAUACCUAUAUCAAUGUGGUACAUCAGUCUCAGCGACUGGUAA